AUGACGACAGAUGAACUACACCAGGGUAACUCCGCGAGCCAGGACGACAACCCAACCAUACGCCAAAUGGCAGAGACGAUCAGGAAACUACAGGCUGACAUGGAUGCACAGAGAGAAACAUGGAGGUCGGAGAGAGAGGCAUUGCAGAGAGAGCUGACAACGGCGAGAUCAAAAUCUACUCCGACGGCAAGAGAGACAUUGGCAGACGUCUCAAGACGUCUGAAUAUGGAUGACGGGGAAGAGGAAGAGUAUGAUGAGGAAAUUGAAGCAGAACCCAAUCCAAAUGAGGAGAACCCAGAGGCAAACGACAGAACUGAAACUGAAACUCCAUCGGGAGGACCUGACAAUGGAGGGCCACGUGUCGAAGAGCGUAAGAAGGACGGCACGAAAAAGAAACGAUCUCACAAAUCAACAAAGUCACGUAGCCGUGAAUCAAUGCGAAAGGAACUACAAGCCCUAAAGGAAAUGGUGCAACGAAUUCCAGGAAUGCCUAAGCCCUUGGAAAAGGCCGCACCCAUGAGCUACGCGGACUCCCCCUUUUGUGACAACAUUGCACUGGUGGAAACACCAAAACGCUUCGCGGUGCCACCAAUGAAGGCUUAUGAUGGAACCACUGAUCCUCAGGAGCAUGUGGCGCAAUACAAACAAAGGAUGUUCACCGUGCCCAUCACAAAGGAGCUACGGGAACCUUGUAUGUGUAAAGGCUUCGGCUCGACGUUGGCUGGACCGGCACUACAGUGGUACGUGAGCCUUCCCAAUGGCAGCAUAGAAACCUUCGCCGACUUGGUUGACGCCUUUAACCUACAAUUCGCUAGCAGCAGAGUAUUCGAGAAAACAACUAGCGACUUGUACAAGAUAGUGCAAGGAUUCAGGGAGCCCUUAAGGGAUUACUUGACCAGGUUCAACCGUGAAAAAGUGACAAUCACAAAUUGUGACACUCCGACGGCAGUAGAGGCAUUUAGAAGGGGAUUGGAGAGAGACUCACCACUGUACGACGAACUUACUAAAUAUCCUUGCAAAACCCUAGACGACGUCCAGGCAAAGGCAAUGGCGCAGGUACGCCUGGAAGAAGACAAGAGGGAACGUGACGACAAAUAUUACCGCCCAAACUGCAAAAUUCUGACCACACGAGCCAGAGAAUACAAGCCCUACAGCAGAGACGUGAGAGAUACAAGGGAAGACGCACGAAUCAAUUCCACACAAGAGUACUCUGACUGGAGGAAAGAUCCCAAUUUACCACCCACAUAUGACAGCUACGGAUUCACAAUCACACCAUCUGCCAUGAUGCGGGAAUUUACGAAGCUGGGCGAUGUAGUGAAGUGGCCUGUCAAGAGCAACAAGCCAAAAGCAAAUCCAGACUCUAAGCUUUGGUGCGAUUUCCAUGGUGAUUACGGCCACAAGGCAUCAGAUUGUGUAGCGCUGAGACGGGAACUCCAGUACCUCACCAAAAAGGGUUACUUGACAGAAUUUAUGCCGGCUGGGAGGAACACGCAUGACAGGAAGGAUAAAACCUCACCAAAGCUACCACCACCACCUCCCUAUCAGAAAGUCAUCAACUUCAUAGCAGGAGGAUCAGAAGUAUGCGGUUCAACAUACUCCCAAGCCAAGCGAAUGGCUCGACGAGCCGAAAAACAAGUUGCAAUAGUGAGCGAGAAUCUUGACGAAACGACAACCUUGACCUUUGAUGCAAGGGACAAGGAACAUGUCAAGGAACCCCAACAAGACAGCCUGGUAAUAUCACUUCCCGUAGGAAACUGUCUCAUCAAGAGAAUCAUGGUAGACAAUGGUAGCGCCGCCAACAUCAUGAUGAAGCAUACAUUACAGGAGAUGGGCCUAGCCGAAAGUGACAUGAUCAAACGCUCCACCACAUUGGUGGGAUUCAGUGGAGAAACAAAGAAGACUAUGGGCGAAAUCACACUACCCACGUAUGCACAAGGGGUCAACGUCCUAACCAAGUUCCUCAUAAUUGACUGCGAUUCAACCUAUAACAUAAUCAUGGGAAGACCAUGGAUUCACGAGCUACAAGCAGUACCAUCAACAGUGCAUCAAGUCAUCAAAUUCCCCACACCUUGGGGAGUUCAACAAAUCAAAGGGGACCAGGCUACAGCAAGGGAGUGUUACAAGACAUGCAUGAAGCCCACAGUAGAACAUGAACUCCAGGCAAGUCAGGAACAUGCUCCCACCAUAACAGGACCUGAGAAGCUGACUGAAAUCACCCUCGACACAGGGGACAAGAAAGUACUCAUUGGGGAGGACUUAUCUCCCAGCCUAGAAGCAAACCUAGUGGACUUCCUGACAACACGACUUGACGCAUUCGCCUGGGAACAUGAAGACAUCACAGGAAUCAGUCCGGAUGUGAUCACGCAUAAGCUGAACGUCGACCCUAGCCAUAAACCGAUCCAACAAAGAAGGAGGAAAUUCGCUGCUGAAAGAAAUAAAAUUAUCAACGAGGAAGUCUCACGCUUGUUGAAAGCAGGAAUGAUAAGAGAAGUAGACUAUCCGGAGUGGCUCGCAAACGUGGUGAUAGUGCAGAAAAAGAAUGGAAAAUGGCGAGUAUGUGUCGACUAUACCGACCUCAACAAGGCAUGCCCAAAAGACCCGUUCCCAUUGCCACACAUAGACACCAUGGUGGACUCGACGGCUGGACACGAACUACUGACCUUCCUGGACGCCUCCAGUGGUUUCAACCAAAUUCAAAUGGACCCCUCAGAUGCUGAAAAAACAGCUUUUGUUACUGAAAGAGGAAUAUAUUGUUAUCUGGCAAUGCCCUUUGGAUUGAGGAAUGCGAGUGCAACGUUCCAAAGACUCGUCAACAAGAUGUUCAAAGAGAAAAUUGGAGACACAAUGGAAGUCUACAUUGACGACAUGGUGGUCAAGUCACUUAACGCGGAAGAUCACGUCAAGCAUCUCGAAGAAGUGUUUGACAUACUGAGACAGUACAACAUGAAACUUAAUCCACAGAAGUGCAAUUUUGCCGUGUCUUCAGGAAAAUUCUUGGGCCACAUGGUGACAAGGAGAGGGAUAGAGGCAAGCCCGGAACAGAUCAAAGCAGUACAAGACUUGACAAGUCCAUCCAACAUCAGAGAGGUACAGAGACUGACAGGGAGAGUUGCUGCCCUGAAUAGAUUUAUUUCACGCUCCUCCGACCGGUGCCGUCCAUUCUACAACGUCCUAAGGAGAAACAAAGGCUUCACAUGGACUGAUGAACAUGAAAAAGCCCUUUUAGAGCUGAAACAAUAUCUGACAUCACCACCUCUACUUGCAAAAUCGACACCAGGCGAAGAUCUCUACUUAUAUCUGUCCGUUACAAGCCAUGCAGUCAGCAGUGUACUUGUAAAACUUCACGAAGGCAUACAAUCACCGGUCUAUUACACCAGCAAGAGUCUGAUAGAAGCCGAAACAAGAUACACACCACUUGAGAAAUUGGUCCUUGCACUCACCAUGACGUCCACAAAACUGAGGCACUACUUCGAAACACACAAGAUACAUGUCUUGACGAAUUUCCCCUUAAGGACGGUCCUGAGCAAGCCGGAGUUGACAGGACGUAUGGCAAAAUGGGCUAUCAAGCUUAGCACCUAUGACAUCGUAUACGAGCCAAGAACAGCAAUCAAGUCGCAAGCCUUAGCCGAUUUUGUGGCUGAUUUCAGCCCAAACCAGAUGGCACAAGCAGAGGAGGAGUUACAGCGGAUGACGACAUGUCAGGAAGCACGAUCAUGGACUCUCUAUACUGACGGAGCUUCAAAUGCAAAUGGCACCGGACUCGGACUUGUGCUGAAAUCGCCACAAGGGGACAAGAUCGUGUACUCAGUGUCUUGUGAAUUCAAGGCCACUAACAACGAAGCAGAAUACGAGGCACUGAUCGUAGGCCUGACCACAGCCAAAGACAUGAAGGUUAAACACAUCGACAUAUAUUGUGAUUCAUUAUUAAUUGUCAAUCAAAUCAAUGGGUCUUAUGAAGCAAAAGACCCAAAAAUGCUCACAUAUCUUGACAUGAUAAAGAAAUUACAACUAUCAUUUGACACCUUUAACAUUCAACAGGUCCCGAGGGAGUCCAACACACAGGCCGACGCCCUAGCAGGCCUGGGGUCAGUACUCAAAAAUACGGGUAUAACAUCUAUCCCUAUUGUACAUAUUAUGCAACCUGCAAGCUUGAGAAUGAAAGAACAACUUGCCUUAUGUGUUGACAAUAUGCAAACAGAUGACGUCACGGAAAACUGGAUGCAACCCUUCAAAAAUUAUCUCCAACAUGGCACACUGCCAGCAAACACUAAUGAGGCUCGUAUCCUACGAAUGAAAGCUUCACGCUUCACACUAGUCGAUGAUGUACUUUUCAAGAAGUCAAUCACAGGCCUCCUGCAAAGGUGUCUGCGCAAACAGGAAACUGACAUGGUGCUACGGGAUCUCCAUGACGGUGAAUGUGGCAAUCACACUUCGGGUAGAAGCCUAUCCAUGAAAGUCCUGCGAAUGGGCUACUAUUGGCCAACAGUCAAAAGGGAUGCAGAAGACUACGUAAGGAGGUGCGAUGCCUGCCAGAAACAUGCACCCGUCAUCCACCAACCCUCAGAGGAGCUUCACGCCACAAUGCCUUCGUGGCCAUUCAUGAAAUGGGGAAUGGAUAUAGUCGGGAAGAUGCCCCCAGCCCCUGGACAAAAGGUUUACAUGCUAGUCAUGACGGACUACUUCUCCAAAUGGAUUGAAGCGGAAGCCUUCCGACAGGUGACAUCGAAGGAGGUGGUAUCAUUCAUCAAAAGGAACAUACUCUGCAAAUUUGGAAUACCAUCCGAAAUUAUCUGUGACAAUGGGUCACAAUUCAUAAGUGACAAGACUGAAGCAUUUUGCAAAAGAUACAACAUUACCCUGGUGAAGUCCACCCCCAGAUACCCACAAGCAAAUGGACAGGCGGAAUCCAGCAACAAAAUACUCAUGAACAACUUGAAAAGGAGAUUGUCUGGCUACAAAGGGAGGUGGGCUGAAGAAUUACCUUGGGUCUUGUGGUCUGACAGGACAACCCCUAAAACAUCAACGGGACAAACACCCUUCAGUCUAGUUUACGGGACAGAAGCGGUACUCCCGACAGAAGUGAUGAUGCCCACAGCCAGAUACGGCCUGGUAACUGGAGACUGA